AUGGGAAAGUACGACGAAAACAUCAAGAUAUUAUUCAAGAUCAUCGACGAUGACAACAGUGGCCAUCUUGACUACGAUGAAGUUGAAAAAUUCUUCAAAGAAAUUGGUUUUGAUGAGAAAUAUUCUUAUUUCUUCUCUCGCCUCUUUGUAGGUGUGAUCGGUGGCAGAGAUGAGAAAAUUUCUCAAACAGAAAUGCUAUUUGCCUUCAGAAAGGCUGAAGAAUGGAAUCCAAAAUAUCUUCAUAUGAACUGCAUCAACGCAAUUUUCGAUACACUCGAUAGAAAGACUACAGGAUUUAUCGCUGUCGAAGAACUCAGAAGAAUUUUCAAUUCUCUUGGUGAUAGAAUGGAUGCAAACCAAUUAAAUGGAAUUUUGAAAUCUUUUGAUGAUGACCAUAAUGGAAAGUUAGAUAGGGAUGAAUUCACAAAGCUUGUUGAUGAAAUCUGCAAGACUAACUAA